CGAGGCAUCAACGCAUGCCUAAAGUAGCUUCUCACAUUCUUGUGACUUGUGAGUAGUGAUACCAAAACAAGUAACAAAGAUUCUUUCUCAAACUCACACAGAGACAGGCGCCACGAGCCACUAAGCACAACACCCUUAAAUCAUCACUGCCACAAAGUUAAUCAAAGACUUUUGAGUCUUCUCUCUCUCUCUAGACUCUGGAGUCAUGCUUGGGACCCAAACCUCUGCAUGCUUUCUUCUUUGUGGAAAGCAACCAUCAUUGGACUUGGUGCUCUAUUUUCCAUUAACAUCCCCACUUACUCAUUCAUUAGACCGUCUUUGCCUUAAAACACUUAUCUCCAUUGCUUCUUUGCUCUUUUCGGUGGCUGCAUAUAGUGUUGAAUGGGAUCCUUCAUCUCGUUCUUGAUUUUCACCUUGUGUUGCUCCUCGUCCUUCUCAUUGGUGCAUAGCUUCGACAACACUGCGAGCGACUCACUCAAUUCAUUAGUCCAAGAUUUCGCUUUACGAUCAUUCAUCAAACACAGGCACCGCCAUCAAACCGGUGCCGUCUACGAUGCUCUUCUUCCUCGGAACCUUUCCGGCAUGAAUGCAUCGGUGGUUCGCCUUCGAAGCCGGAGGCUCUGGAGCAAAGGUGCGAACUUCGGUUACUUUAGGAUCCCACCAAAAACAGCGUCCAUUCCCCAUGUGAAGAGGUUAGCCAUUGUGUACCAAGACUUUGGCAAUUGGUCUUCCCGCUACUACAAUUUGUCAGGCUAUUCACUGGCCUCUUCUGUUGUUGGAUUCAUGGUUUUCGAUGCAUCAAAUGUAACGGACACAAAUGUGAGGAACCUCACUCUCAACACAAAGGUGUGUGGCCUUCCUCUCCAAUGGAACAUUCCAUCUUACCGAGAUGGGCUCCCAUGGCGUGUGUUACUCGAGAGAGCAGGGUCAUUUCUCAAUUGUUCUGCCUCUGGAGAAGAAGAAGCGGCCAUGGUAUCUGUGGCUGAUUGGCUUUGUGGUUGGGUUUUUCGGGUUGAUUGCAGUGGUUUAUGUAGGGGUUCUUUGUUUGAGACUUGUGAAGGCUAAAAGAAUUCAGGACAUGGAAAGACAGGCCAAUGAAGAUCUGG